UGGUGCGCGACGCAAGUAUCCUCACCAUCCGCAUGGCUGCUGGUCCCUCCGAGGCGCUGCUGCCCGAGGGGGCCUCGGAAGGGCGAGUGGUAGGACCGGCCGGCCCCCUUCCUUGCCUGGAGCUGCCGACCUAUGCUGCUGCUUGUGCGCUGGUGAACAGCCGCUACUCGUGCCUUGUGGCUGGGCCACACAGAAGGCACAUCGCCCUGUCGCCCCGCUAUCUCAACCGGAAACGCACCGGGAUCCGAGAGCAGCUAGAUGCAGAGCUCUUGCGCUAUUCCGAGAGCCUUUUAGGUGUCCCUGUUGCGUAUGAUAACAUCAAAGUUGUGGGUGAACUAGGAGAUAUUUAUGAUGAUCAAGGACAUAUUCAUCUUAACAUUGAAGCAGAUUUUGUUGUUUUCUGCCCUGAACCAGGGCAAAAGCUUAUGGGUAUAGUUAAUAAAGUGUCUUCUAGCCACAUUGGCUGUCUAGUACAUGGAUGUUUUAAUGCCUCCAUUCCUAAGCCUGAGCAAAUGUCAGCUGAGCAGUGGCACACUGUGGAGGUAAACGUGGGUGAUGAACUAGAAUUUGAAGUAUUUCGUCUAGACUCAGAUGCUGCUGGAGUAUUCUGCAUUCGAGGAAAACUAAGCAUCACUAGUUUACAAUCCAAGUGCUUUGAAAUUUCUGAAGAAGUAGCAGAAACUGUCACAAAGGAGGCUGUUGAAAAAAUUCCAAAGAAGAAAAAGAAAAAGAAGAAAGCCCCAGAAAUAGAUGAAAUGGAUGUCAGUGUAACAGAACUAGCAGAUAUAAUAGAUGUGACUCCAAAAGAAGAGGAAGACCUGCAGAUUAGUAAUAACGUAAAUGACCUCUGGGAGGAAGAGCCAAAGAAGAAAAAAAAGAAGAAAAAGCACCAGGAGUAUCAGGAUCAGGACCCUGUUUUCCAAGGCAGUGACUCCAGUGGUUACCAAAGUGACCAUAAAAAGAAAAAAAAGAAAAGAAAACACGGUGAAGAGGCUGAACUUACCCCAGUUCUGGAAUGCUCACCUAAGAAGAAAAAAAAAAAGUGAUACUUCUGCCCAGUUGUUUUAUUUUAAACACUAUGAAGAAAGAAGAUUUAUCGGGCCAGGGAUUUAGCUCAGUGGUUCCACUGCCUGCCUCGCAAGCUAAGGACCCGAGUUCAAUCCCUAGUACCAAAAAAAAAAGAAAGAAGAUUUAUCAUCCUAAUACUCAUGACUGAAGAUAAAAAUUUUCCCUCUGGGACUACAUUAUGUCAUAUAGCACAAAAGUUUUAGCAAAGGGGUAGGAAUCCAAUUGGACCUAUCCAAAUCAUAUGUAGCUCUUUAAAAUCAGAAAAUUUUCUGCAGCUGGUGGUAGAAGAGGAAGUGAGAGAGUUUUGAAACAUGAGAAAAACUUGAUAGAAGGGAGAAUCUUUCUAACCGAAGAUGGAGGGGGCCAUUUGGCAUGGGCUAGAGAUGCUAAGAGCUAUUCCUACCAACCGCCAGUAGGAAAACGGUACAUCCACAAGGAACCAAGUUCUGCCAGUAGCAAGAAUGAUCAAGGAAGUAGAUAUUUUUUUCCUAGAUCCUCCAGGUAAGAGUUUAGUUGACAUCUCAAUGUCAGUCUUCGUGAAACCCCAGGCAGCAAGUCCACCCCAACCUUGUUAGGCUUCUGACUGACACAACUUUGAGCUACAGAGUAGGUGUUCUUUUAAGCCAUAAGUUUGUGGUAAUUUUCGAAAUAUCCAUAGCGAACUUAUACAGCCAUGUGCUAUGUAUUGUUUCAGUCAGUGACAGACCACAUCUCUGAUGAUAGGUAUACCAGAUAGCCUAGGUGUGAAGAAGGCUGCUGCCUACAUUUUGCCUAAGUACACUUAUAAAGUACACAACCGUGAAAAUAUGUUUCUUAUAAUGUAUUUCAGUUAAUACAUGACUGAAAUAGCCUUAUGGUACAGAUUGGUUAAAAUAUUGUGCACUUUCAAAGUUGUAUCAAUUGAUCUUUGUUUUGUUUUGUUUGGUACGGGUGAUCAAACUCGGGACCUUGCACAUGCGAGGCAGGCAGCGGAACCACUGAGCUAAAUCCCUAGCCCCUGUAUCAAUUGAUCUUUAUAAAUGUCUUUUGGAUUUACUGAAAAAGUAGAUUUCAUCUCUGGAAAAUGCUUUGAGGAUUUUAUUGGAGCUGUACUAAGUUGAAAGCUUAAUUGCAGCACAGUUGUAUUCUGUAUUUAGUUUUCCUCACCAAUAAACAUGCUAAGAUUCUUCA